UUAAAUGUCUGUUUCUUUAGAUUCAUGAAAAUGUACAGUCCAUGCAUGGUGAUAUUAAUGGCUUGCAUCAAACAAUACAGAUAAUGAAGAAGCAGCUCGAGGAUUAUAACCGCCAAAUGGAAAUGCAAACGCAACAGAUACAAGAUGUUGGUCAACAGCCAGCAAUUCUAAUAUAUGAGAGAGACGGUCAUUGUACCAGACAGCCUGUAGCCAACAAACCUAAAACCCAAAAUCCUUAUGCUAUGUCCGAAAAAGAGAUACUUGAUUUAAGUAAAAAGAUAGGAAAUGAGUGGGAACAGCUUAGAAUACAUCUAGAUUUCACAAAGGCACAGGCAGAUGCCCUAAAGGGGGCUUAUAAUGAUGACGUUCAGCAGAGGAUCCAUCAGAUGCUGAAAACCUGGCAUGAUGUUGUGGUUGACUGCGGCGAGAAUCCGAAGAUGCUUCUUGCAGCGGCUUUUGUCAAUGCUUCAACUAACUAUGCAAUGGCAUACAAGCUGGUUCCUAAGGAGCAGUUUAAUGCAAAUGCAGAAGCUAAACAGACCACGGUAGAACAGAUUCAAGAAAUAGUAUUCAGUAAAAGAGGUUAUGAUCGUCCAGGUAGCGGUCCUUAUUUGCUACAUAGUGGACCGGUGUCUGUUAAUGUGUAUGGGGAUGUAAGAUUUGAAGGAUCCGUGGCGAUACCCAGUUCACAAUCCAACCAGUCGUGCAACUCGAACUCCGACGAUGGGCUUGAUGGAUAAUGGUGAUGGUAGUACAGUGAGUGGGCCACCUUCAGGAUCAUUUAAUGUGUAUGGUGGAAAAGUAACAAUGGGUAUUGGAUCAAAUUUCGUCAUUGGUCUUCUUAGACAGAGAUGUCCUGCACAGAAUUUUAACCCACCAGUAACUUAAUAAUAAUAAAGAUGUUCUGUAGAUUGGGAACUUUUCGUGUCACGAUUACUUUGUGACUUGAUAGACUCCUUAAACUUUAUUUUGAUAGUACAUAGACUUGAAUUACUGUUAUUUUGUGAUUUGAUAGACUAACAUUACUAUUUUUGUGAUUUUGUGAGUCAUAUCACUGGUAUUUUUCGAUUUGGUUCACAUUGCUAUUUUUCUGUGAUUUUAUAGGCUCACAUUACUUUUUUGAUAGACAUAGCCGCUUAAUACCACAUAACUACGUUUUGCCAUUUGGUAGACUAUAACUACCCUUUAAUAUAGACUCACAUUACUAAUAUUUUAUUAUUUGACAUGUUUACAAGCAUUUAAUUUACUAUUUUUCGUAAUUUGACAGACUCAUUACUUUUUUGUUAAAAUGACAUUACUUUUUGAUUUACUCUCAUUACUAUUAUUUUGUGAUUUGAAAGAUCUAGAUAGUUGAAUUAUGCCUAAUUAAAAAAAAACGACCUUACAACACAACAACAGCACUCAUCCGGCAUUUUGAGGAAAAAUUCUACUUUCUUAUCUCGACUGUCGGAUAUCAUAAAAAUAACCUUGCAACGCUUACAUUGCAAUUAUGUCAUUACACAACGUAACAAGUACGAAAGUUGCUGCAAGAUGCAGCAAAAGGAAACUCCGCACCAAACAAAGCAGUGUACGUAGUACUGAUAGAAUAGAAGAUGAUAUAACGAUACUGGUGUCUUUGUUGUAGACCCCAGGCAAAAAGACAGUCUGAUGGGGUUCAAGAAUGUUGGAAUAAAACAUUGCCUUUGUAGUGUGAGCAGGAUUUUUAUCGUGCAUUUUAUUGACCUAAUUAUUGACUGAACAUGACCUAUAUGCGAAAUUGACCUCUUACUUUCGGUAUAUGGAAUGACAUGUAUUGCAUACAUGCGGUUGUGCUUAAAUUCAAACUUACGUAGUUGCUCAUCUGAAACUUUUAAACUUACCUCAGAUGUUAUCAAGACCAUUAUUCUGAUAAAUGUCUAAUCAGGAAUGUGGGCUCUAUAUGAUACUUUCAAGUUAAAUGACGAGGAAGGACUAAGAUGUGCAUUUUAUCCCACAUAGGGCGUGAAACUUGCAGUUUAUAAAGAACAAGAAAAUUAUAAUCCGUUUGUUAUAUGUUGAAGAUUACUUUUAGUGUAUUUACUUAGAGGGUA